UUUGUUUCAAAAAGGAAAGCUUAACCCGUAGACUGCAAAUACCAGUGACACCACACGCGCUUGUACAAUUCCAACGAUUUGACGUAAAAAUGGAUUAUUCAGUAUUCUCAUGCCACGUGACCACUACCUAUUGCAGCCUUCUUCGCACGUGCCUUUCUCUUACGUCAUCCGACGACCCAAAAGAAAAAAAAAAAAAAACAACCCGAACAGUUAAUGUAGGCGACCCUUCCCAAGCUUUUCUUCUUUUUUCUUUUCUUACAAAAAAAAUAAUAAUUUAAAUUCACCUCAACUGUAAGUAACUAUCUUAACUGCGCAGUUAAAAGAUGAAAAACCCUAAUAAAUAAAAACCAGAAAUUAACCAUCCUUUUAAUUAAAGACCCUCCGUACGCUCCAUUCUCACCAUAAAUACCCUCAACGACUCCCUCUCUCUCUCUCUCUCUCCAUUUCCAUUUCCAUUGCCACUCUCUCUCUUUCUCCCUCCCUUUGCUCUCUCUGCCUUUAGAAAGGCUAGCUUUGAGUACGGACUGUCUUGCUCUGAAACCCUAAUUAUAUAUUUAUAUACAUAUUUAUAGUCCUCUUACAAAAGCCUGUGCUGCCAUUCAAAGCUCUCUUCUUCUUUAAUCAUUAUUAUUGCGCUUUUCUUCUCCUUCUUCUUCUUUGUUUCUAAUAAGCUGCUGUUCUUGAUUUUUUUUUUUUUUCAUUUUGAGCAUCUGAUUCGUUCACAGUAGCAGAAGAAACUAAAAGAAAAGUCUCCAGUGCAUUGUCGCUAACCUGAGAAACAUAAAAGAGCGAGAAUUUUAUCAGAUUCCACUCCUUUUUCACUUAUUUUCAACGUAUACAUGUUUAUAUUCUCUUGGUAAAAGAGGGUACAGCGCUACUGGAUUGUCAUAUUCUAAGAUGUUAGAUUGCGGCGGUAGCCACCGCGACUCAUCAAACGGUGACCUGAGUUUCAAAAGCAGUACUAACUCGACCAACAGUUCAAUGAGCAGCGAAAGUUGUAGUAGCUACAGUCGUCUUUCUUUCGAACUUCUCACAGCAAGAUCUUCACCAGAAAACCUCACACUCAAACCACACCGAUCCUCUGACUCCGCUUACUCCGCCAUCCGUUCCGCAACCUUCCGCCGCAAGACCGGUCUUACUUUCCGUGACUUCCGCCUCAUCCGCCGCAUCGGCUCCGGAGACAUCGGCACAGUCUACCUCUGCCGUCUCACAAGAAAGCAUAAUAAUCAAGAAGAGGACGACGAUUUUGAAGAUGAUCAUGACGACGACGACGACGAGAAGUUGUGCUUUUACGCGAUGAAGGUUGUGGAUAAAGAAGCUUUACAGGUGAAAAAGAAAGUGCAUAGAGCUGAAAUGGAGAGAAAGAUCUUGAAAAUGUUGGACCAUCCUUUUCUGCCAUCUUUAUAUGCUGAGUUCGAAGCUUCUCAUUUUUCUUGCAUUGUAAUGGAGUACUGUUCCGGCGGUGAUUUGCUUUCUUUAAGACAUAAGCAGCCUUAUAAACGCUUCUCUCUUAGCUCUGCAAGGUUUUAUGCUGCUGAGGUUCUUGUAGCAUUGGAAUACCUUCACAUGUUAGGAAUCAUCUACAGAGAUCUAAAGCCUGAAAACGUUUUAGUCAGAUCAGACGGUCACAUCAUGUUAUCAGAUUUUGACCUCUCAUUAUGUUCAGAUGCAAUUCCAGCCGUUGAAUCUCCAUCUCUCUCUCCGGAUUCUACUUCUCCAUCUUCCUUACCCUAUGCCCGAUCACACUCCAGCAAGACCUUCUCUUGCCUGCUUAACCGGCUCUUCCGGUCAAAGAAAAUCCAAACCCUGUGCCCCAACCGCCUAUUCGUUGCUGAGCCGGUAUCCGCUCGGUCAUGUUCGUUCGUUGGAACCCACGAAUACGUGGCCCCAGAGGUAGCAUCUGGCGGGUCCCAUGGCAACGCUGUUGACUGGUGGGCCUUCGGGAUUUUUAUCUACGAAUUGAUGUAUGGACGCACACCAUUUGCAGCUCCAUCAAAUGAACAGACACUGCGAAACAUCGUGAAAAAGCCCUUGAGUUUCCCUACCCACUCGCCUUCCUCUUCACUGGAGUCCCACGCGCGGAAUCUGAUAUCGGGUUUGUUGAACAAAGAUCCCAAUAGCAGGCUCGGAACGAAACGAGGAUCCGCCGAUGUGAAAACGCACCCGUUUUUCAAAGGGCUAAAUUUUGCACUUAUAAGGACGGUGACCCCACCUCAGGUUCCAGGAUUAAGAAGACAAAGAACGACACCGUUUUAUCAAGGGCAGCCAAAAUCAACGGCGUUUGAUUACUUUUAGAUAAGUGCGGGAUUUAUGACAGGUGUUAAGUAAUUCCUGCCAUAUUUUGUCACUGGCGGGUUGAUAGAUGUGUAUAUUCAAAACCCUCUUAUUUUUCUUUUCAAUUUUUCCUAUUUUGGAUAUAAAACUAUGCUUUAGCUGACUGAA